UUUCUGCAAUAUUUAUCAUCGUUCUGCUUUUAGACGUUCUUGUAUUGAAUCUUCAGUCUUCGUAAGGAGACUUUAUUCAAAGCGAACAUUAACAUUAAUUCAUAAUUCUGAGUAAAUCUGCCAUGUCUCUCACAUUUUCUCUCAUGGUGUUAUUUCUGCUGUAUCUGAAAGGUUUAUUUGCUCAGAAUGACGCUGUGGUUUUUCACCCUGGAUCAGUUUGUGCUCCUGCAGGAUCAACUGUGGCUCUGGGGUCCAAAUGUUUAUAUCCUGGAUGGACAUUUAAGUCAUGGAAACUCAGAAUAAAUAAUACUGAAACUCUAGCAGAUCCCAGUAAGGACUCCUGGUACAGAUAUAUAUAUUUAUUUGACAGGUGUUACCUAAAAAUUAAUGGUCUAAAAGAGACAGACGCUGGCACAUAUUACAUGAGCUUCAUUAACAGAAUUGGAGACAUCAUCUAUACCUCAAACAGUCAAUCAGAAUUCACUGUACAUGUCACAGAUCUUCAGGUGUCUGUGGACUCUGAUCAUGUGACUGAAGGUCAGAAUGUCACACUGACCUGUAAGACCAGCUGUCCUCCAAAACAAACCUUCAUCUGGUUCAAGAACGGGCUUCGUUUGGAUCUCCGUUAUUCCGGAGAUCAGCUGCAUGUUUCUGAGGUGAGCCGCGAGGAUUCAGGACGAUACUCGUGUGCACUGAAACGCUUUGAAACGUUCCCGUCGGCCGAGACGCUCCUCGAUGUCACCCAUGCUGUGUAUGAGAGCGCUGCAAUCAUAACUCUGUUGUAUCUCCUGAUUCCUGUCGUUCUGCUGCUGGUUUGUCUAGCUCUGUGGAUGAUAAGGACGAAACAACAAAACCUCAAAAGACUUGAAACGAAAGAGCAAAGCAAACAGAAUGAAAAUGUGUACGAAAAUGAAUCAACACCGCCGGUGACCUCCGACCUGGAGGAGAAAGUAAAGUCAUUUCAUCAGGAGGAGGAAGUUCAGUACUCUCUUGUUCAUUUCAGCAAAUUUAAAAUCGCCGAAUGUUCUGCAGCUUGUGAAAAGGAAGCUGAUGUCCAGUACGCUCAGAUUGCAGUGCAACAUCAGAAAAACAGCAACAAAUACUGAUAUGAUGAGUAAUAUGUAAGGGAUAGUGUACAUCCAGCCGGUUGUUAUUUCAGAAUAAACCCCGACAGGGUGAUCAGGACGCUUGUAUCAGCAUGAAGGGGUUUAUUCUGAGAUAACAACCGGCUGGAUGUACACUAUCCCGUUUAUUACACGGCUAAAAAGAUUUGUUUUUAUCAUAUAUGUUCAAAUUAAUGCUGAAGUCUUCCAUUGUAACACGCUGUGGUUACGUGGUGUGUUAUCCAAUUUCGGCAGUUGUUAUCUGGGAAUAACAUACCACUGGAUGGCGCGAUUGACCAAUCAGAAUCAAGUAUUCCUCAGAGCCGUGUAAUAAUAGCAUUUAAACCCUGUAAACCCUGACAUAGGAAGUAAUAGUCAGAAAAAUACUUUUUUUUUUUAUUAUUGAACAGAAUUUAGACAAAAUCUAAAAAACUAU